GAUAUUGGCAAGUAGAAGUCAAGGAAGAGGACAAAGAAAAGACUGUAUUCAUUAUUAAAUAUGAUCUUUAUGAAUUUAAUAUCAUACCUUUUGGAUUAUGUAAUACUCCAUCAACAUUUCUAAGGCUUAUGGAUAUAGUGUUAAGGCCUGUUCUGUAG